AGUCAAAUAAAAGACAUUCACCCACUUGUGUAGUAGUAAAAAAAAAGAGGCAAAGUUGGGUGUGAACGGAGCGUGUUGGAGAUGUUUUGUCACCUCUGAGUUUAAAUGUGCCGCAUGUCAAAGCGCUUUCUCUCCUAAGUCAGGAUAAAACAGCUCAGACUCCUCUGUUUUUCUGCUUACUUUUCUUUUCCUUUUUUUUUUUUUUUAAACUGGAAGUCUGGGUUAAGCUUAUGACUUUUGACACAGUCCGCGAGCGACGCUGCAAAUGGGCGGCAUAGGUGGCAGCCUCUACCUCAGCAUGUUGAAUGGGACUGAAGCGCAAACUCUCGGAAAAAGCCUCGACAUCAGCACCCACCUCCACCGCGGCGGCAAGGAUCUAGCCGAUUUGAAGAUGGGCAUCCAGGACGCCCGAUUCUACUAUUCGGACUCUGUUCAGGGCGGCCAGGACCCUCUGACCCUGCCCUACCACCCGGAGCAGACUGUGGGGGGGUACGGGACUCAGCCGGGCAGGUUUUACGCGCAGACCUUGAGCGGAUGUCCCUACGGCGGCAUGCGCUCUCCGCCGAGGAGCGGCACCGGGCAGGGAUACGUCCCCGCGGCGGGAGAGGGGUUCCCCGCUGGAGGUAAAGAGCCAGUGUACCCCUCCUCUGCAGAAAACUACCCAGCGAGCUUCCAGCACGGCUACCAGCGGCCUCUCUACUCUUUACCUGGGCUGCAGGUGUGCGGGAAGACCCAGGUCCUGCUCAAUAACUACCCGCUGUGGGCCAAGUUUCACAAGUUCCAGACCGAGAUGAUAAUCACCAAGCAGGGCAGGAGGAUGUUUCCCUUCCUGAGCUUCAACAUCAGUGUUCUGGAUCCAUCGGCCCACUAUAAUGUCUAUGUUGACGUGGUUCUGGCCGAUCAGCACCACUGGAGGUACCAGGGAGGAAAAUGGGUCCAAUGUGGGAAAGCAGAGGGUAACAUGCCAGGGAACAGGAUGUACAUGCAUCCCGACUCUCCUAACUCAGGGGCUCAUUGGAUGAGACAAGAGGUGUCGUUCAGCAAACUCAAGCUCACCAACAACAAAGGCAGCAACAACAAUGUGGCACAGAUGAUUGUGCUUCAGUCGUUACACAAGUACCAACCGCGUCUUCACAUUGUGGAGGUGAAGGAGGAUGGCUCAGAGGAUCCCUUCCUGUCCUCAAAAGCUCAGACGUUUGUCUUUUCAGAGACGCAGUUCAUCGCUGUCACUGCUUAUCAGAAUGCAGACAUCACUCAGCUGAAAAUAGACCAUAACCCCUUCGCUAAAGGUUUCCGAGACAAUUACGACACGCUCUACGCUCCUCCCGACUCUGAUCGCCUUACUCCUUCCCCUACAGAAGGCCAGCAGUUGCUACCAGGGACCUGCUACACUCAGGGUUACCUCUCUGAACAGUACAUUAGCCCCCUGCAACAGAGCCGCUUCUAUGGUCGUGAACCCAUCUCCAUGGGCCAGCAGCACAAGGAUCCAUCCUCUAGCCCUGGACCUCACAGUCGCUGGUAUCUCCCCCCACAGCAGAGUGUGCCCCCAAACCGGCUUGACUUCACUUCCUCCUACGAGGGAGACUUUUCUGGAAAUGGUUUCUACAAGCCAUUUCCCCUUCAGACGUCAGCUCACCAUGCUUUCAGCUACUACCCAGAGCAUCCUUUUGCAUCAAGCAGCGUGUCCGUAUCAGCCGGUUCAGCUGGAUGGAGCACAAGCAGGCCCACCCCACAGUAUCCCAGCAAACCCACCCCCAGUCUGAGCUGGUUAAGACCCAUUUCAUCAUCCUCUUCCUCCUCAUCAUCUUCCACACCCCCUGGCACCAGGCUGCACCCCCACUCCCUCCUGGAACCCCUGCAGCCACCUCUGCUGCAGGAAAAGCCAAAAGACUCUGCAGGAGCUGCAGCGGAGGACCCCUGGCUCGAGCCACCCUCCGCCAAAUCAGCAGACUCGGCCGAUUCGGGCCUGUAUGAGGGGAACAAGAAGAGGAGGGUGUCUCCCUACACGUCCAGCACUGAAAACUCCCCACCUCCACGUGCCGGGGAGGUCUGUGAAAAAGACAACAGCAGCGAUCCAGACUACUAUGGUUAUUACACCCACUGAGGGCAUGACAUUCUGUUGCAAACAUUUCCAAACGCCCUCUCACAGCGCCCUGAGUAUGCAGAGGCUGUUAGGGCAUGAUGAAGAGCUAAAACAGUCCAACCAGAACAGUAUAACGUAAACCCUCACAGUGAAGACUUCCACACCACAAAGUUUCAUCUCACAAGUGUCAAAUGAUCACAGGAGAAACUCCGAAGUACAGUGACAAAGCGAAUAAAAGUGGAUGUGACUGGAACUCUGGCCUAAAGUCACAUAAACACCAAACAGACGUAAAAAAGGUGUGACUUCAGUCUUUGGAACAUCUGGAGAUUCUAGAAAAAGAAAUAAACAUCUGCAUAUCUGCCUGCUGACAGAUGCCUGCAGGGAUUGUCUGUUCUUUGUGCAUCAAACACUGUCUGGCUGCUGUGCCAUCUUUCGUCUGCGUCUUUCUUCGCACCCACAACCAUUCAGACCUUUCCUCCCUGUGUGUUCAUGUUCAUUUUCCAGUAAGGUUCUGUGCAGAAACCGGUUAGUUUAAAAAAAAACUUCUGUCAUCUAAAAAUUCAGACUCACAUUAAAAGAUUCAGUUCCUACUUAUGGUGCUAGAGGAGCAUUGCAAGCAGUCGGUGCACAGAUCAGACCAGUUUCUGUGUCCUUAAUGUGGUUGGUAAAUGCAGAAUAAGAUAAGCAGACACCUGGAAGUUAUCUAACGUAUGUCAGUGACCAUUCAUGCACAAUGUUUAUUCACACACCUGAGUUUGAAACAAAGGCAGGAUCAACACCUUGCAAAUUUCUUCAGCAAAGUUUUCUAAUUGUCUCUUUUGGGCCACUAAGGGAUUCUGUUAAGAGCAUCACAAAAUAGUGAGUUGUAUUUUAGUUUAAAAACUAUUUUACAAUAAUUGUUUUUAAUUUUACGAAAAAUCUGAAUGGUGUGGCAUGCUUUUUUCCUCAAAAACUUGCAGAGUGAAAAAAAUAAUUCAUGCAUCUUUUGCAUCUUCUUGAGCAUAUUUAGUUGUAACUAAAUAUGCAUAAGUAGAUGCAAAAGAUGCAUGCAUUUUUUUUUUUUUUUACUUUAGAGCCAACUGAAAUUAUGUCUGUGUUCAGGAUGUGCAUCAAGGGAGUGAAAUCCUUGCCCAUUAUUCUGUGCAAAAGCAUCUUAAUUUUCAAGUCUUGUCUAAAAUCUCUUCAUUAGAUUUAACUCUUAGCCAUUCUUCACUGAAAAGGUGAACCCCUGCCACGCGUCUAAAGUCUUUUGCAGCAUGAUGCCGCCACAAUAGUUUUUCACAGAGGUGGUGGUGUGUUCAGGAUGCCAAGUUUGCAGCUUCACCGAAUGUUUUGCAUGAAGUGAACUUUCAUGCAAAGUGAAAAUUGAUAUGAUUGUGUCCGACCAGUGGACCGUCUCUAGACCAGCAGAUCUUCUUUAGAUCAGUGGAUCUUCAAUUGUGCUGUUCUUCUUACCACAUUGAGGCCAGGUUUGCUGAUUGUUCAACUGAUAGCUCUACUGCAAGUCAUUCACAGCAAUCAAUUGCUUCCUUGCUACUUUUCUGAUUAAUGCUCCUCUUGCACAGCCUGUCUUGGUAGGCUUACACUUGUUCCUCAUUGUUUUUCAGAUGACAGAGUAAGAAUUGCUCUUUAAAACACCAAAAAUUAAGGUAUUGCUUUAAACUUAAUGACUUAAACUUCUUAAUUUAUUUAUCCCAGACCUGUCCGCUGUGUUCCUUUAUGCUUCUUUUGCUGCAUCAGAGUAAAAGAUCAAAGUUGUUGGCUAAAAAGUAAUUCAGAUGUUUUUUAGUUCUUUAAAAACGCAUCCAAAAAGAAGAACUUCACACAGGGUUUCUCGUGCACAAUCCAAAUAUUCUGACCUUAACAGCUAGUAGGUAUGAAAAAGCUCCUGCCAUCAAACAAAUAAAACCCCAGUCAAUAUGAUGCCCUGUAACUACAAAGCAGUACCAUCAAGGGAAGCAGACAAGCUUUAAAAGCACAGAGAGAAGGUAAAACUUCUGCAGAUCAGUAGAUAGCGGGCUGUGGAGGACACCCCCGUACAACUGUAUUAAACUGACGAGGCUCUGUCAGCCUCAGACCACAAUAAACAGGAAGCACAAAGUGACCAGACCGACACUCUGAAUUUCCCCCCUGGUCUCAGGACCCAUCAUGUGGUGACGCUGGUUGACAGAGACCCGGCUCGCAGCGUGGUGACAGAAAUAAAGAGUGAGGCUAAAGUCGGGGCUGAUCAGAGAUCUGCUCCUCACUCCUCACCAGGUGUGCUAACCGCCUCAGACAACACCGGAGGCGACAGGAAGGCAGCUAGUGCCACCUAUCAGGAAACAUCAGGGUUUACUGAGCACGCUCAAAUUAUUACAGAUGUAUAACAUACCUGUAUGUGGGUUACAUUUUAAUGUUACAAUACCAUGUUUACGUUUUCCCUUAAUAUAAGUUUCACAAUAAAUAUUCGAACCCAUUUCUAAUACAGUUGCUCAAAGAGCAAAGGAGGUUACUUCAAUACAGGCUACAUACCCUACAUAAGUAAAUAAACAUUAUUUAAACAAGUUUAACCCAUUUAGUUAUUAAGCAACUGUUUUAGUGUCCAGUUUGAUCAAAAUAGCACAAUUAAAGUUGCUUUUACUAAAAAAAAGCUACAACUCCCUCUUGGUGUGGAAUUAGUCUAAGCUAACUAGCAUUAGCUUUUGCAUUAUUUAUUUGUUGCUGUAGCUGUUUCUAAUUAUGUGAAUGCUAUGUCACCGCAACUUGUUACAAAUAAAGCCAUUUUCUUUUAACAUCGCAUGGAACGGACAAGAUACAAACAUAAUUUAUAAGAAACACCGUUAAGAGUUAUCCUAAUAAAACUGAAGUCACUUAUAGGGACAAAAAGUUACUGUUACUAUUUUUAACUUUGCAAGCACAGACUGUGAAGCUUUUCAAUAGGAUUUUAUACAAUGUAGGCAACAUGAUAUACUGUUUUUAUUAUUUUUGUUAAUAAAAAUCUAAAAAGUAUUACAUGCAUAUGAUUACAGCUGCUUUUACUAGAGCCAUUUUUUCAUGCAGUUACAGCUUCCAGUUUAUGGAAUCGACAGUUUGUAUUUGGUUUUAUUGUACUCAAAGAAAAGCAAUGCAUCCAACUCCUAAAAGGAAAGUUUGAUUCUGAAAUCCAGGGUUUGUUGUUCUGAAUUUUAAAGGAAUCCAUACAGACACAAAGGCAUGAUAAUCUAUUUAACAGUAAAAAGGUGCUGAAAACAGAGCAGAUUUAAGAUAAAAAUGUAUUUUUUUCCUGUUUUACAUUUCUAAAAGAUGUUGUUUUUUUUAUUUGAUAUAUUCAUGCUUGUUGAAUGACUCUUGGGUAAUAUUGAUGUAUUUUUUCAUGUUUUAAGAGCAAUUAAAAGUUUUAAACGAGUUGAAGGUAAGGGUGCUUUUGCAGAAUUAAAGGGAGAAAAGUGUCAAAGGAUCGCUGGCCUGCAGAUAUAUCACUUUAUUUUUUGUUUUCCUAUAGUCUGUGGUAUACAGAUGACAUUUCAAAUCCCACAUUAAACAGCUGCAUGAAAAAUGCUGUAAGAUACCUCAGGAAGGACCUUUGUUAAAUUUUACCCAGUGAACCAAAAUCUCCAGUGUUAACCUGCUUGUCUCUUUAAUGUUCCCAUUGUUUUCUCCUGUGGCACAUUUCCCUCUUAAAAAAAUAGGUCUGCAUUUCUGGAGAUUUUGAUGUAUAAUUUAAACAAAAAUGACAAAAAAGAUAGAGAAUGAGGAAGGGAGGCUGCACAGGUAAAAACAACAAAUGUUCAUCUUUGUGUGUGAUUGGUUUGUGCUGUGUAGGAAGAAGUUAUUGUCCCUUUACUCAUGAAAAGUUGACAGAUUACAACCAGCAUUUAAAUAACAGUGGAGAUUUGUCAAGGAGGAAAAAAACAAAACUUAUUUAUUGAACAUGGCAUAUGUGUAUAUUUGUUUUUUAUUCAUGAAAAUAAAGC